CUGGAUGGAAUGGGUUUGUGGCAGUUUGUUGUCAUCUCCAUCUCUAGUAGUGAUCCGUUAUAUACUGUGUGUUGGCACGCAAUUGAUUUUUUACUUCGCAAGCUAGCAUAACGUUACUCUAAAGCCAACAAAACAAAGAAGCCAUGUGAAAUAACUAGAAGAAACCGGCAAAUUAAUACAACCAUGGUUAACAAGCAAAGACUGGAGAGUUGAAUUUAACACUUGGAGGAGGAGGAGGAGGAGGGAAGAUGGGCGUGUUCGGCUCGCAGCAUUAUUAUUCAUCAUCUCCUGGACUAAGUAGAGGACGCACAGCUUCUUCAGCAGGUUAGAUGUAAAGUUGAGAGUCAAACCUCGGGAGAAAGAAAGAAAGAAGAGUCUCCGCCCGGAGGAAGAAGAAGAUAAUGAGGAGGCAUCUUAGUUUGUGUGAGUUAGAUGCGUUGAAAGCAGCAGGGAGGGGAUCCGUGGCAGAGUGGGUGGGAACAAUGGGAGGAUUUGCAGAAAGCAUGACGGCUAUUUUUGCAUAAAGUCUCCUCCAGCAAGCCUCUGCCGACAGCUCUCACCAGUCUUCCCAGUCAGGUGAACCAACACCUCCCCAGCAGGCUUUCAUCUUCAUCCCCUAUAAGGUGGAUCUUUUUGUUGGAAGGAGGAGACAUGACUUGACCAGCCGGUCUGCAGAGCUGCUUCUUCCUCUCCUCGAAGUUUAUUGUUGGCCACUGUUCUACUUUGCUGCUGCGAGGUAGAGCAGCCCCACUCUGCCUGUGAAGCGGCGACAGACGGACGGAUAGACUGCCCCUGUGAAGUGUGCUCCUUUACAUGGAUGCCAGGGUGGCCCUGAUGCACUUAUGGACAGUCGUUGUCCUCCUGAAGUGGAUUGACGCUGCAGAGGUCUACACCAACGCCUGGGCCGUCCAGAUCAAUGGGGGGCCGGAGGAAGCCGACCGCAUCGCCAGGGAGCACGGUUUCAUCAACCACGGCAACGUUUUUGGAGAUUAUUAUCACUUCAGGCAUCAUGCCGUGGAGAAGAGGGCUUUGUCUGGCCACAGGGGGAUGCACAUCCGACUGCAAAAAGAACCUCAGGUCCUGUGGGCGGAGCAGCAAGUGGUGAAAAAAAGGAAGAAGAGAGAUAUCUAUGAAGACCCAACAGACCCUGAUUUCCCCAAGCAGUGGUACCUGUCCACACCGACACACCAAGACCUGAAUACCAAAGUAGCCUGGGCUCAAGGCUACACGGGAAGAGGCGUGGUGGUCACUAUCCUGGAUGACGGCAUUGAGAAAGAUCACCCUGACCUCGUCAACAAUUAUGACCCUGAGGCCAGCUAUGAUGUUAAUGAUGGAGAUGCCGACCCCCAACCGAGAUACACGCAGCGAAAUGAGAACAGACACGGAACUCGAUGUGCAGGAGAAGUCGCAGCAGCAGCCGACAACGGCGUGUGUGGCGUAGGUGUGGCCUAUAACGCUAAAAUUGGAGGGGUUCGUAUGUUGGAUGGGGAGGUGACAGACGUGGUGGAGGCACACUCUCUGAGCCUGAACCCGCAGCACAUCCACAUUUACAGUGCCAGCUGGGGCCCGGAGGACGAUGGCAAGUCACUGGACGGCCCUGCCAAGCUGGCGAAGGAGGCUUUCCUCCAGGGAAUCACCAAGGGACGCGGCGGACAAGGCUCCAUCUUUGUGUGGGCCUCGGGUAACGGCGGCCGGGAGCAGGACAGCUGCAACUGCGACGGCUACACCAACAGCAUUUACACCCUCUCCAUCAGCAGCACCACGCAGUCCGGCAACGUGCCGUGGUACAGCGAGCCCUGCUCUUCCACCCUCGCUACCACCUUCAGCUCUGGAAACCCGGGGGAGAAACAGAUAGUGACCACAGACCUGAGGCAAAAAUGCACAGACUCUCACACGGGGACGUCCGCCUCGGCACCGCUGGCUGCUGGGAUCAUCGCUCUGGCGCUGGAGGCCAAUAUGAACCUGACCUGGAGGGACAUGCAGCAGCUGGUGGUGAGAACAUCCCGGCCCGGACACCUCAGCGCCGGAGACUGGAAGACCAACGGAGUGGGACGCAGAGUGAGUCAUUCGUACGGCUACGGGCUCCUGGAUGCGGGCGCCAUGGUGGCUUUGGCACAGAACUGGACCUCGCUGGGAGCGCAGCAUCAGUGUGUUCACACCAUGCUCGCAGAGCCAAGGGACAUCGGGAACAAGCUGGUGUUCAGCAAGAGCGUGGAUGCCUGCUGGGGACGACCCGAGUAUGUCAGCUCUCUGGAACACGUUCAGGCUCGCCUCACUCUCUCCCACAGCCAGAGAGGAAAAUUGGCCAUUCAUCUCAUCAGCCCACUGGGCACACGCUCCACCUUGCUGUUCCCCAGGCCCAACGACUUCUCCUCAGAGGGAUUCAAUGACUGGGCCUUUAUGACCACCCACUCAUGGGGCGAGGAUCCUCAAGGGGAAUGGACACUGGAAAUAGAAAACGUGGCAGCUAAUGGACGUGACUAUGCUGUGUUAAGUCAGUUCACCCUCAUCCUGUGGGGUACCGGACCCAGCGUCGUCAACCCCUCGUCGUCCGACUUCCCUCGUCCGUCCAACAACAGCUGCAAGACCUUUGAUGCCCAGCAGAUCUGUAUCGAGUGCAGCCCCGGGUUCUCCCUCUUCCUCCAGGGUUGUGUGAAGUUAUGCCCGCCGGGCUUCACCUCGGGGCCGCAGCUCCUCAACCUGUCCCUGGAGAACUGGGUGGACUUGUCCUCCGUCCAGGCCUGCCUGCCUUGCAACUCUGCCUGCCUCACCUGCACUGGCACCGGGCCUACAGACUGCCUGUCCUGCCAGCCUCACAGCCACCUGGUUCUGACCUCCUGCCUGCACCAGAACCAGGUCCAGCGCAAAUCCCCCCUAGCUGUGGUACUCCAGGGUGAGGGAGCCCAGCCAGAGGAGGAGAUCCCAGCAGCGGCGGAUGACAGUGGAGGAGAAGGCGAGGAGCCUCCGGGGGUCAGCGUAGCUCCGUCCAAUCAGCUGCCUGCCGUCGUGGCCGUGCUCAGCUGUGCCUUCAUCCUGGCUGCCUUCGUCGGGGUCUUCCUCUUGCUGCAGAUGCGCUCAGGCGGCGCUUCUCUGGGCUGGAGGACCAAACUGCCCUCUGUGUAUUCAGAGACGAGGGGGGUGCGGGUGGGCUUCGGCUUUGGCUUCGGCCAAGGACAGGAGAGGAAGGCACGGAUAUGCUACAAGGGGAUCCCCACUGUGUGGGGGGACGAGGACAUGAUCGCCUACCAGUCUGAAUCAGACAGCGAGGAAGUGGACGGUCACGGCGAGAGGACAGCUUUUAUCAAGACACAGAGCUCGAUCUAGCUGAACCUGCGUCCGCUGACAUCCUGGGUCUCAUCAGCAUUUAGAUCUGACUGUAUGGAGCUGAUACAUGGAGGAGAAUCACACAGGUGCAGGCCUUACUGUCCCAUCAGCACCCCCCAUCCAAAUGCAUUAAAGAGUCAAUCAUUUGUUUUUUUUUCAUGUAUUUAUUUACAUUUGUUAAUUUAUCUUAAUUGAUUCAUAUUUUGAUGUCGGAUCAAAAUAUUCAUCAUAAUGCAUUUGACUCUGUCACCAAUUUGAGGUGUUAUGCAACUGUGUUACUUACUUUAAUGACCUGCUUGACCAUAUUUUGUCCAAUUUGUCAAAGGGGUUUUCAGUAAAACAUCGUAUUGCACUCCCAUGAAGUUACAAGAGAGAUCAAAAUCAGUCAAAGCAACAGAGGCUAAGAUAAUCUGACUUUUAGUCCUAUCUAUAGACCUUUUCAUUACCAAUCGGUUGCAAGGGCAAAAGUUUUGGUCCAAGUUUACUUCCUGUCAGCUACUGCAUUAAGGUUGCGUCCGAAAUUCCAUACUAACAUACUAUUUAGUACGCUAAAACAGUAUGUGUGAUUUUUUAGUAUGUCUGAAACCUUAGUAUGAAACCAUUAGUACGCAAAUUGCGUACUAUUUCUGGUAAAAUAUUACAAUAUGCAAACGCUGGACACUACGGCGGCAUAGAUGUUCCACAAUGCGAUGCGGUAGUGACGACAGCGUUCAUAGCAGACGUUGACGGACAGCUCUGUAACGUCAAUAACACUUCAAUUUAAGUGAAAGUAUAAGAUUUCACUUUGCUAGUGUUUGUAAUACGUACGUAUAUAUUGGAUUAGUUCAGAUAAAGACGAUUGAUUGAUGGGUCACAUGAGGUUGGCAUGGGGGUUACCAUGGUUUCGCGUCUCCAACCAGCAAGGAGGCAGGUAAAUUAGUGCUCAGUGCGUCCGAAAAGACACAUACUACUGUUUAUUCACACAAAAGUAUGUUGAAUGAUAAUACAUCUAUUGGGUAUGUAGUGCGUAGUAUGCGAUUUCAUACGCAGCCUAACAAACGUUGCAAAAAGGAACUACAAAAGGACCAAUUUUGAAUGUUUGUUGUCAAGCUUGAAAAGGUCUAUAGGUCAAAAUCCUACAUUUCCCAUAAUGCAACUCAAUAGCAUCUUUCGUUAGAGCCCCUCUGCCUGGUAAAUACCCCUGCUUUUCAAACUCCACACCCCCAGUUUCUCCAAACCCAAUGACCAAUCAGAGUUCAAAAUAACCCCGAUGACAUCAUCAGGGUUAUUGUGUCCGACUUGUCAAAGCUCCUCCAGGAACUACAGAAGAACGUUACACAACCUUAACAGGCUGAGAAGUACUCUCUGUGACGAGUGCUCCUCUAAGCCAGUGGAGUGCAUUGAUUUGUCCCCAACACACAAACACCUGGCCAUCAGCAGAGGCAGACGUGUAAUAAAUUGGCGUUAUAUUUGAUCAGAUUCCCGAGCAGAUUGCGGGCCAGGGGGGUCGUAAAGAUGACACGCUGUUCAUUAACAGUACGAAAACUUGAAAUGGAAGAUUUCUGCAGCGUACUGGGACGGCAUAAUAAAACAUCCCGCUGGCUGUUUGAUAAGCAGGAAACUGCGGAGGAUGCUGUUUUCAAUCAAGGCACACUGGGAAUUGGCACCACGGCAUAGACAUAUCGGAUAGAUAUCAGUCACAAAAUCUCAUUGACUUGUAGUGGAGUAACACUGUUUUUGAAUGAAAUGAAAAAAAUCACUUAGCCCAAAGCUGCUUGGCUGACCUUUGCAACAUUUUGUCCUCCUGGUUGCUUCUGGUAAGAAAUGAGAUCAUUUUCUCUUCAUUUUCCCCACAGAGCAUAUAUUGAUUUUGGGGCCUCUCUGCCAGAACAUCUUCAUCAGGGUGAAGCUCUUUUCCCUUUCUAUUCCGAGCGCCAUACAUCGAAAGACAAACACACGCUUUAUUCCCUCAUCUAUAACAGCGUAGACUUGCCGCUAUACGCCAGUCGAAUCAAAGCCUUUUGGAUCUAAAGGCCAGAGUGAUUACCGUGAUUAAGUAAUGAGAUCUUGUCUCGCAUUUUCUAUGUUUGUUUUAUAUCCUUUUUUAUUUAACUGACAGUGGAUGUUAAUAUUGUGGAGAUCAGUUUCAUGCUGGAAUAAAAAUGACUUUGGCUGUUGCAUAGA